CCGAGCAACGAUUGGGUGCUCGAUUUGCAUUGCUCGUGGCGCCUCGGAUGACGACAGCCUCUCAGCAUGGCGAAGCCUCUAUAUUGUUUCCUUUGGUUGCGUUGGUUGAGCUUCCACAUUUCGUGAAUCGUCUACGGAAUCACAGCACUCACCAUGGCGACUACUAAGAGCUUCUACUUUCAAGGUAGCAAAGACAAGAAUCUGAGCCUCGAUGUGGAUGUGGAGAACAUCAACGAUCUUGCUGGAUUGAAAGAAGUCAUUGGCACUUCUUGUGCUGUUGUGAAGCCUGAAGGACUUUCUUUCUACCUCGAGGAUGAGCUGCUGGAGGAGAUCUCGGAUAUCAAAGAAGCCCAAGGACGCAUCUCGAUCAAGGUAGAUGGACACACUGUACGCAGUGUACCGGGGCCACCAGGACUUCCGUUAAUCGGAAACUAUUUUGAGGUGUUCCCUGAUCACCUCGGAAACAACCAACGCUUGUUCGACAAAUAUGGACCGAUCUUCUCCACGAACAACAUGGGCUCUGUUGUGUGUCAGACCAACGACCCGGAGCUGGCCGAUGUCUGCUUCGCCGAAACCGAGUUCUUUUCGAAGGAGAUCAACAGCAGUCAUCCUCUCUAUCCGAUCAAGCAACAACAAGCAGGUGUGUUCCUUGCCGAUACCUCAGCACCUGCGUGGAAGGUAGUGCACAAGUUUCUGCCGCCAGCCCUGGGACCCAAAGCUGUCCGCCACUAUGCGCCGGAAAUGAAUGGAUGCUGCAAUGAAGCCUUUCCAGUAUUCGAUAAGCUGGAGAGCGAGAACGAGGCAUGGAAUGUCUACCAGUUCAUGCUCAAGCUGAGUUCCGGAGCUAUCGGCAAGAUCAUGCUCGGCCAAGACUUUGAACACUUCUCCAGUGUCGAUGCUCCACUCCACAAGAUGGUCCUGGCAAUGGCCGAGGUGCUUUCGAUCAACAAGAAGAUCGCCAGCCGCGGCGAGUGGUAUUCCCAUCUUCCGUUCGGCGAUCCAGCACGCCUCAAGAACUUGCAAAAGUACAUGGCCGAGUUCAUCGAGACUAGCAUCAAGAAUGCCAAGUCCAACGGUACUGAGGAUCUUCCUCUUCAAGAUGCGGCAUUGAAGGCUUCAAACGUCAUCGACUACCUUGUACGAGCCACCGACUCUACUGGCAAGCAGCUUCCGAAGGAAAACCUGAUGCCCGCAGUGACCGUUGCGUGCGGCGCAGGUUUCACGACUACUUCCUCUCUCCUAUCCUGGUGCAUCUACGCUCUUGUCACAUACCCCGGAAUCCAAGCCCAACUCCUUCAAGAACUCGUAGACAACGACAUCAACGACUCGGACAACAUUACCGCGGAGCAGAUCGACGAGCUGCCCGUACUCGCAAACUUCAUAAAAGAGGCUCAACGAAGACAUAAUCCUUCGUACCAGCCCGGCCGCACUGCUCAGAAGGACUUGAUCCUUCCUGGUGGCUACCAGAUGAAGAAGGGCACGGUCGUCAUCUGCGCAAUCCACCACAUCCACAACAACCCAAAGAACUGGGACAACCCGGACAAGUUCGAUCCCGAUCGGUGGAACCAUGACCCUCUGAAGGGCAAGCCAAAGUCUGCCUACGCACCUUUUGCGCAGGGAGGGAGGAUGUGCGUUGGAUUCAACUUUGCACUGCUAGAAGUGAAGAUCUUCAUGUGCAAGCUGGUGUACAGAUAUCACUGGGACAAGGAGGGCGACAUGGAGACGAGCUACGAUCCGUUCUUCCAGCUGAUCAGGCCGGUGGAUCUGUAUGUGAAGACGACGAAGAGGCAGACUUAUCCCACGAAGAGCGGAGAAGGGCAAGCGUAG